UAGCUCCACCAAAAUCCGGUUAUGUGUAACGUUCACCAACGAGACAUUUCAUUUCUCAUGAAUGAACGAUUGCCCAAAAUUCAUAUCGUAUCGUAAACACGAGAGAGAGGGGAAUGACAACAUAACGUUCACUACUUCUAUUUGGCGGCUAUUACCGCCAAAGACCGUUUGUUUUGGCACCCCAGGGAAGUGGGUUUUACAACCACUGUUUCUAAGCCCUUUUAGACAGUCAUGUGAUUGUAACGUAACCCGACCGGAAAACACCGACGACGACGACCAUCGCCGCAAAUGCAGCGUUUGAGAGGAACAGAGCAGCUGCGAGUCCAACGGACGAGUCUCCCGGUAAAAGACAACAACUCGCCAAACUCCACACGCUCGAGCGGAGGAAAGGUGGAAAUAUGGAGCUGGCCAAUCAUGGUCUUAUCCUUCUGCAGCAGCUCAAUGCGCAGAGGGAGUUUGGCUUCCUGUGUGACUGCACGGUGGCCAUCGGUGACGUCUUUUUCAAAGCACACAAGGCCGUACUGGCCGCAUUCUCGAACUACUUUAGAAUGCUAUUUAUACACCAGGACAGGCACAACUCAUCGCUCAGGUAUAUAAUAAGUGACUGUGUUCGCUUGAAGCCUGGAGACAUUCAGCCAGACAUCUUCAGCUACCUCCUCAAUCUAAUGUAUACUGGCAAACUAGCAACACAGCUUAUAGAUCCGGCUCGUCUGGAGCAGGGUGUGAAGUUUCUCCACGCCUACCCUCUCAUUCAGGAGGCCAGUCUAACCAGCCAUUCAGCUUUCUCUCACCCUGAGGUCAGCCUUCCCCUCUCCUCCUCUCUUUAUGGCAUUCAGAUAUCAGACCAACAGGCCUCGAUCGCAAACCCAGCAAGAACGCAUUUGUUUUCCCCAUUUGACUUGGAAGGUAGCGGUUUGCUCGAUGGGAAGUCAGUCAACACAAAUAAAGCUGCUACCUCACUGACAAGGCCUGGGUCUAGGUACAGACACACCCUGUCAGAAACGGAGGUAGAGGCAUCUGCAAGCACAAGUCAGUUUCUGAAAGAAAGCACUGAGAUGGAAACAUCUGCAGGUGAGGCCCCAACUUGCUCCUUGAACACCAACACAAUUCUACAUGUGAAGCCCAGUAUAAUGAGAAGAAGUUUUUCUAUGAGAAAGCAUUACACGUGCCAUGUUUGCAGCGUCCGCUUUCCCCAGCGAGGAGCCUUACGAGAACACCUGCUCUUACACACUCAGGCGAUGCUCCCUCUGGUGUUAGAGCCAGGCGGUGCAGCUUCCCCCAUGGCUACUGGAGGUGCUGCAACACCAGAGGUGGAGGAAGUUUUUAGAGGCGGUGAAGCCGCUGCAGCCACCCCUGUCAUCGUGGACAUUGCUGGCGAUAGCGAGCAGCCUCUAUACUCUAAAGACUCGCAACAUGCUGAAACUGCAAUGCCCGUCCCUACAACAAUGGCAGUCAGCCUGUAUACAAUGCAGUCACAGGCGGACACGCCUCCUCCGUCCGAUAUUGCUGACAUCGACAACUUGGAGGGUGCAGCAGACAUGGAGAGGGAAGUGAAGCGAAGGAAAUAUGAGUGCUCCACUUGUGGGCGCAAGUUCAUUCAGAAGAGCCACUGGAGAGAGCACAUGUAUAUCCACACAGGCAAGCCCUACCGCUGUAGCGCCUGUGGCAAAAGCUUCUGUCGUGCCAACCAGGCGGCGCGACACGUUUGCAUGAAUCAGGGCUCAGAGCCAGCGUACACCAUGGUGGACCGACAGAGCAUGGAGCUGUGUGCAGCUGAUGACUCCAGCCAGAUGGAGGCACUGUUUCUUGGAUCAUCAGGGAGACCUUACAAAUGCAAUGUGUGCGAAAUGACCUUCUCCAGCCCCAGUGAGGUAAUCAAACACCUGUGCUUCAACCAGGCGGCACUCACAGGUGGGGCAGCGAUAGGAAUGGGAGUCAUUGGGCUGAACAGUGACAACCUGGCCAAAGAUGAAGGUUCGGAUUCAUCCAGUGGUGGGGCGUUGAUAACACCCAUCAAAACCGAGGAGUGUUUUGUGGAAUAGUUCCAUAUGCAUCCACUUCAAAGUAUUGUUUUUUAAUGUAUUGCAUUUGAAUUGUUUGGGGGUAAAUUAUAAUCAGAAGUUAAGCUAACAGUACAUAUGGGAAUUCCACAUCUACUGAAAAGUACUUCUACUUUCUGUGUUAUGCAUUUUAACACUUAUAAAUUUGGUUACUAUAUUUAUAACAGAUUUAAAAUAUGAUUAUUCCACUGAGAUGCAGAAUUUAACGCUUCACUUCAUUUUAGAUUUCUUUCAAGGUUUUUAUUGGUUUACUCAUUUGCACAGUUUGUAUUGCGGUUCAAGCUCUUCCUUUGUCUACAGGAAAAUGAUGUAGUGAACUGUUGGAAUCCUACAUGUUCAUUACGUAGUGCAGAUCGGAUGCAGAUUAGAUAUUAGGUUGCAUUUGGUAAUUCAAUAAAAUGUUUAAUCAAGAAAAUCCUUAGUUUGUGACUGUCCAGGUGGAAUCACCAGUCAUUUUAAUAUAAAGAAAAUCAUAAUAUCUCUGAAUGUAAUUUUCUGGGCAGCUAUGUUCUGAGCUUGAUUUAUGGAACAAGUAUCCUUUACGUUACACCAGUUUUGGACAUGCAAUAUCAGCAUCAAAGAGUUAUUCUAGGGUAGAGGAUCAGUCAACUUUAUCUGUCAGUGUCUCCAAGGAGUAACAUUGAUCUCACAGAAUUUUUGCUCGAGAUAUUUUUCUUUCUGACGGUGUUUCGUAUUGCUUUGUGUUAGCAAGAGAAAGACAUGUUUAACAUAAUGUUGAUUAUUUUAUAUUUGAGAUAACGUGACCCACAAUAUACAGGUAUUUACCCAAUUAUUAUUUUCUUGCAGUUUGUCAGUUUUUUACAUUGUUGUUUUUGUGCCAAUACCACAUAAAUGAAAAACAUCGAUGCCAUAAAACAUCUUUUUUUUUUGCUUUCAUUUUGGUUAAACAUGUUUAGAGUUGGGCUGUUGCUGUGCAUGAAUUUAGAUAAUACUGUGGAUGAUUUUACAAGUGUGUACAUAACAUUGCUUAAAGGGAGAUAUUUCUGUCAUGUUCGCCAAUUACAUUUUAAUUAUUUUUUUGCCAUCAAAUGAGUUGCUUGAAUAUGCUCUUAAAUUCCUUAUUUUUUUAGUUUUAUAUAACUGCAGCGCUGCAUUUACAAAGAAUUUUAUAAUCUCAAAAGUUGCAUAUUGCUAAUUGCAUUUAUUGUAGGCAAUUAUCCAUUUUAGUGUAGCACAAGUUUAUGUGUACUUGUUUAUAUGUAAUGGCUGUCUUUUGUUGAAGACAUUCGUUCAUUUUAAUAAAACUGAUAGUGAGGUUACGCUGUUAAAGCACUGAAAUCUACUAAAGAACCCUCACUUUGAUUAAUAUAUUUGUUUUUUAUCAGGAACCUUCAAUCAUUUUAAACCAGAGCUAUUUACAUUCAGUGCUAAAUAUUUCUCAUUGUUUCUAAUUGUAAAGAUAUUGUAGGAAUAUAUUUUACAGGGCACUGUGAGUUAAGUUACUACUGAAUAACGAAUUAAUGCCAGGAAAUAUUCAUUUGUUUUUUUACAACCAGGUUUUAUUUUUUUAACUGUGCCUAAAAUUAAUCUGGCCAAGGCCUCCUAUGUUUGAUCAAAUGUGUAAUUUAAUGCCUUUUUCUAUUAUAUUGUUACAGUUCUUUAUUUUUUGUACAUUUGCAAAUUGUAAUUCUUUGAGUCAGUUAUAGGGAGGGGAGAGGGCAGCCCCUCAAUCGCACAAACCCCAUUGCCAAGACAAACAUACUGUGAUCUCUCGCUCCUCAGGAACAUGAACAGUUGUCUCUGGAAAAAAAUACUUUCUUUUCAUUUUCAUUGUGAAUAAUAAAUCCUUAUGUUUUUUGAAGAGUGCACUUUUCUUCUUAAAUAUCGUUAUUAUGCAAGUAUGCAUUAUUCUCUGCUAGAAACAAAGUUGUACAGUCAUAAGUUAGUAGAAAUGAUGCUCACAAACACCAACCUUACCUUCUACCUAACAUGAGGUCAAGAAUUUUGCCUUUGAAACCUCUCCCCAUAUUAAUAGUUAUGGAAAUAAACACUAUUACUGUGAUGUAAAAUGGGCUAUCACUGCUACUUUUAUUUAAAAGUAUGUGUACACUUACAUACACCGGCUAUGCACCAAUUAUGCUUAAUAAACCUACUAUGUGUAUCGUCAUGUUAACACCUUAAAAGGCUUUU